AUGUCCUACCCCGACCCCAACCACCACAGAGGCCAGUCCCACCAGUCAAUACCUCUGCAAGACCUGAAUCGGCCGCCGGACGAGUACGAUGAGACUGCGCCGCAGCACCAACAGCACCGGAGAACCCUCAGCGACCGCGGGCGGAACCUGCUCAGGCAAACCGGUGCGAUAGCAGGAGGAUACAGAGAUGCGCAAUAUGCCCCCAUAGCCGCUGCAUCCCCGAGUCCCACGCGCCAUGUUUCGCGACCACACAUGCAAGUCAACACCAAUCUUGGCGGUGCACAUGGCGGCAUUCGCAGGGUGGAAGAGGAGGAUGUGGGCUCGCCCAUAGAUGCCGGCGCGUUCCAGGCCGCCAUUGGCUUCGGCAUGGACAUGAACUUUCAGGGCGAUACUUCACCACCCUUGACCCCGCCAAUGGCUACACUUGCGUCCUCGGACGACGCCUACGCCGCAUAUGGUGGGGAGCCUUAUCAAGACAGGUCUACGUCUGAGGACCAAGGCUACUUUUCGCCCGUGUACGACGACACGGCGCGAUUGACCGAUGUGCAACAUUUGCAGCCUAUCAGUGGAGCGGAAGCUGCCAUGUCUCCACAGCAGGACCGGUCCAGCUUUCAGAGCGUGCAGUUUCUAAGUCCAGGAGACAUGUCGCCCAUGGGAAUGGCAAGAGACAAUGAGAACCUAGAAGCUGCGUCCGGCGGCUUGAGAGACUCGAUGGGAAGGAAGCGCUCACUAUCGCCGGGUCAGAUCGUGUCGCCUCUGAAUCGGGCCGGAACCAUCAUGCGGAACAUGUCUCAGCGUGUUGUCAACGUCAGUAAUGACUCUCAGGUCGCCGAGCGAACUCUGAAGAGAAAAUCCACAGUCCAUGCCCGCUUGCAUGAGCCUCCUUCCUUCCCUGUACUGCCUGAAUACGUCGUGGAUGGCGCAGCAUCACGCUCGUCCUCGAUCAAGAGUGAGAAGCCACCAACUCCAGUGGUUCGUUCGCGCCAGGCGAGUGCGCAAUGGCACCGGCCUCCAAAUCCACUGCGAGGCAAAAGUUUGGGCAUUUUCCCAGCUAACAGCAAGAUCAGAAUGAAGCUUAGCGACGUUCUUGUUCAUCCAGCGACCGAGCCGCUGCUUCUUGUUCUGAUUGUGGUCCAGACAGUCCUGCUUGCCGUCGAUGCAAGCUCAAAAGCCCAGUACUCUCCUGGGAAAGUCAAGACUAUUGAUGGACUGUCUGGAAUUGACUUUGCUCUUCUGGGCCUCUUCAUAGUGUACACUAUAGAAGUCAUAAUACGAAUUAUCGUGUCAGGCUUCAUCAUCAAUCCUGUCGAAUACAGCACUAUCAACCGACAAGUUGGCCUUAGAGAGGCCGUAAUGAUGAAAGCCAAUAAGCUGUUUGGUGGUCCCGAGCGACAGGCGUCUCAAAGGCGCACUAGCACCAAGACAGAACCCACAGAGCCACAGCAACCGUCGGUACUUCGAGCGUUCACCACUGCGCAGAUGCACGUCGAGGUUGGACCUGGAGACUACCGGGAGCAGCAACGUAUUCGAUUGGCGCACAGAGCAUACUUACGGCACUCUUUCAACCGAACUGACUUCCUAGCUGUCAUCGCUUUCUGGAUCUCUUUCGCUCUGGGCCUGAUAGGAAUCGAAAACGCGCGCGUCAUUCUGGUAUUUGAUAUGCUUAGCUGCUUGCGUAUCAUUCGUCUCCUGAAUCUUACAAGCGGAACAUCUGUGAGUGCACCACGCAAAGACAUCUUGCAGGAACUAACUUGGUGGCAGGUCAUCCUCCGUAGUCUCAAGAAAGCAGCACCACUAUUAGUCAAUGUCGCGUUCUUGAUUGGCUUUUUCUGGCUCCUAUUCUCCAUUGUUGGGGUACAAAGUUUCAAAUCAAGCAUGAGACGGCACUGCGAAUGGCAGAAUGAUGGCGGUUUGCCCAAGUUUCUUAACGAAGACCAGUUCUGUGGUGGUCACCUGUUGGAAGGCAACAGGUCCGAAGGCUACAGAACUUUUCUUCCCGGGCGCCCACAAGGACCCGCGGAGGGCAAAGGGUUUUUAUGCCCAGUUGGCUCUCUCUGCAUUGAGGGCGACAACCCCUUUAACAACACAAAAAGCUUCGACGAUAUUCUCCAAUCCCUACAGCUGGUUUUUGUCAUCAUGUCCUCAAACACCUGGUCAGAUCUACUCUAUACGAUGGCCGACACGGACUACCUAGUCACUUCUCUUUUCUUUAUCGUGGCAAUCCUAAUUCUGAGUUUGUGGCUCAUCUCACUACUCAUUGCAGUCAUCACGUCGUCCUUCCAGAUCAUUCGCGAAGAGAGCAAGACUAGCGCCUUUACUGGAGAAGUGAUAAAAGAAGAUACGGCGGACGAAGCAAACGAAAAGUUACGCAUCCCCAGCUUGAAACGUUUUUAUGACAAGACUACCUGGUUAUGGAUCGUUGUCAUUGCAUUUGGACUUGUCGCUCAGAUGAUGAGAAGCUCGGGCAUGAGUGCUUUCCGACGAAAGUUCAUCGAUAGGUCUGAGACCAUCAUUACACUUAUCCUGCUUUUCGAGAUAUUGCUUCGGCUUGUCGUAGACUGGAGACAUUUCUUCAGCGGCAAGCGUAAUUUAACCGACCUAGCAAUCGCUAUCAUCACCACAGUGAUCCAAAUACCAAUCAUCAAGGAGGCGCAUGGAGGCAAGGCAUAUGCUUGGUUGACAAUCUUCCAGAUCAUUCGUGUCUAUCGGGUUGUCUUGGCGAUCCCGAUGACAAGAGAUCUCAUCGUAUGUAUAUGGUCCAAGUUCAUGAUCGUGUUCGGCAAUGUCGGCGGUCUCUUGAACCUCAUCCUCUUUGUGUUUCUCUUGACAUUCCUAGCCUCGAUCUUCGCUUCUCAACUCUUCCGUGGAGAGAUUCCAGAGGCCAACGACGAUAAUGAAACGAUCCGAGUCCCGUUCUUCAACAUCUACAAUUCCUUCCUAGGGAUGUACCAAAUAUUCUCAAGUGAGAAUUGGACCACCAUCCUUUUCAAUGUAACCACCUAUGAGAAAACAUAUGGCACGGCAUGGAUAGGUGCCUCGUUCUGUAUACUCUGGUUCAUCUUCGCCAACUUCAUUGUCCUCAAUAUGUUUAUUGCUGUCAUUCAAGAGAACUUCGAUGUGUCUGAAGAUGAGAAACGCUUGCAGCAAGUCAAGGCCUUCCUGCAGCAGAAAGAACAGGGCCUUAGUGCAGCCAACACGAACCUCUCGUUGUCUUCCAUCUUCAAGCUUGGUCAGGCCAGCCGACGCGACCCACUCGAUUACGGACAUGCUGCCACAGAGAUGCUCCUCAAGGACGCUGUCGUCCGUGACUUUCUUGACGAGGGUGCCGAGGAGGAAAGUCCGCACGAAGAACCACGCCCCGGUCUUCGGCCAGCCAAGACGAUAGUGGGCUCAGGAACAGUCUCCACUAUCUGGCAAAGGUUUCUCCGUCGCAUCAUUCACAGAGAGCCAAAUCCAUUCUAUGCGCCUCUAGACUAUGGCCGUGCAUAUGAAGAACUGGAUCCCCGGCGCAUGGCUAAAGAAGUAGUCUCUGCGACGGAGAGACGCAAGAAAGCACAGCGUGAAUACCUACGAACCCACCCUAACUACAACGUGUCAUUGUUCAUGUUCCGACCACACAACCCGAUCCGUAGGCUCUGUCAACGCAUCGUUGGUCCUGGCCGUGGUGGUGACCGCAUCGAGGGUCUAACACCAUCUGUACCCGUCUGGUACGCCUUCUCGGCUUUCAUCUAUGCCGCAAUCAUUGCCAUGGUGCUUUUGGCAUGUAUCACAACGCCACUGUACCAACGACAGUACAUCAUGGAUCACGGUUUCAGUGUUAGGAACUGGUUUGUAUGGACAGAUCUGGGCUUUGCUGUGGUGUUCAGCAUCGAAGCACUUAUCAAAGUCAUCGCCGAUGGCUUUUUCUGGACACCAAAUGCUUACUUUAGAGGCUCUUGGGGCUUCAUUGACGGUGUAGUGCUGAUCACUCUUUGGGUAAACAUCGUCACAUCAUUCUACAAUGACGGACAGGUGACCAGAACCGUCGGCGCCUUCAAAGCAUUGAGGGCUCUCCGCCUGCUCAACGUCAGUGACAGUACUCGCGAUCAUUUCCACUCUCUCAUAGUCCAAGGCUGGUGGAAGCUCUUCUCCGCUGCAUUCGUCUCUCUCAGCUUGCUGAUCCCAUACGCCAUUUAUGGUCUGAAUCUUUUCGUUGGCCGAAUGCAAUCUUGCAACGAUGAUGGAUCUGGCAUCAGCAAUCUGAAUGACUGUGUCAAUGAAUACAAUGCUUCACCUUUUGCAUGGGAUGUGCUCGCUCCACGAGUCGCGGCCAAUCCAUACUACGACUUUGACAACUUCGGCGACUCCCUCUUCAUCCUCUUCCAGAUUGUGUCGCAAGAAGGGUGGACGGACGUCAUGUGGUCGGGUAUGAGCAUCACUGGAGUUUUCACGCAGCCAGAAGCCUUCUCGGCGCAGGGCAAUGCCGUCUACUUCAUCAUCUUCAACUUGCUCGGAGCCGUUUUCGUGUUGACACUCUUCAUCUCGGUAUUCAUGCGUAACUACACGGAGCAGACGGGAGUUGCCUUCCUCACGACUGAUCAACGUUCCUGGCUCGAACUGAGAAAACUACUACGACAAGUUUCUCCAUCAAAGCGACCAUCUUCUUCCAAGCAACGUGAAACAUGGGAAGAGUGGUGCUACCGCCGAGCAGUGCGUAAGACUGGGCGGUGGCAGCGCUUCAUCACAGGAGUACUCAUCCUUCAUCUUUUGUUGUUGUGCCUCGAAUGGUAUCCUGGAUAUGGUCCAUGGGAGACGGCUAGGGACUACAUCUUCCUCGUACUCACCAUCUUCUUCAUUGCCAACGUGAUCAUUCGUAUAAUCGGCCUCUCGUGGCAUCGCUUCCGCAAGAGCUCUUGGGACGUCUUCUCCAUAUUUGCCAUAUCGGGAACGUUUGUCACGUCCAUUCUGCUUCAGGCCAAGCGAGAUGAAAGAGUUUUCAUCCAAUUGAACAAGCUCUGUCUUGUUUCGAUUGCACUGCUCCUCAUACCUCGAAACAACCAGCUGGACCAGCUCUUCAAAACCGCAGCAGCCAGUCUGACAGCCAUUGCCAACCUCCUGGCUACCUGGUUUGUACUGUUCCUGGUAUAUGCGAUUGCACUCACGCAAACAUUCGGUCUUACUCGCUUUGGACCCAACGAGACCGGAAAUAUCAACUUCCGAACCGUUCCGAAGGCACUUAUCUUCCUGUUCACGAUGAGUAUGGGCGAAGGUUGGAACGAGUUCAUGGAAGAUUUCGCCAAUGUGGAUAAGCCGUACUGCACAGUGGGAGAGAAGUACUUCGAGAGCGACUGUGGCAGUCCAGAAUGGGCACGUGCCUUGUUCAUCACCUGGAACAUUCUCAGCAUGUACAUUUUCGUGAACUUGUUCGUCUCGUUGAUUUACGAGAGUUUCAGUUAUGUGUACCAACGAAGCAGUGGGUUGUCAGUCAUCAGCCGAGAAGAAAUCCGUAGGUUCAAGCAGGCAUGGGCAGAGUUCGAUCCUAAUGGGACGGGCUUCAUCUCACAAGAGCUGUUUCCCAAGCUUCUAGGUGUAACCGAAAUCCGUCGCCGACGAAAACGAAUGAACAUCUUUUACGAAGAGGUGCUCGUGUCAAGCGAUCCUGACAGGGGGAUUCAGUUCACGUCGCUGCUGAUGAUCUUGGCUCACCACAAGGUCAUCAACGACAACAAGAGUUUAAGGUGUCGAGUCGAAGAAGCUGUCCGCCGCAACGUCGUAGUCGGAUUCUUCGACACUCUCUACUGGGCCCGGCGCUUCCGCCGUGCCAUGGAGCAGAAGAAGCAAGGCCGCAUGACCGCCAUUCCCCAAUUCACCGUCCCCGAGAUUUUCAUCGACGACGAAGACAUCACGAACGUGCGGCGCACUCCCUACCAUUCACCCAGUGCCAGCUCGCUCUUCUCCCCCGCGGACACAAACACACCAGGCGGCCUCACUCGUGACUCUUUACCACCACACCUCGACACCAACGCAGCAGCUCGAAGCCGCGCAAACUCGAUCCAACAGACGCCCACCGGAUCGCCAACGCGUGGAUCCCCGGGCGCAAGCCCCUUCUCGCCACCUGCUGAUGCUGACUGGCAAUUCGCCUCCGCGCUCAGCCGCCCCCCGAGUCCCCUCGAGGAACUCGAUCCGCGGGCGCAGGACAGCAGAAGCCGAGCCAACAGCGCCGUCAGCGCGGCCGACGUCCUGGAAGUACUGGACAACUCGGCUUGGGGCGAGAGUAUCCGGCGCAGUUUCACUCAGCGGAGAAGAAGUUAG